UCCACGGACGCAUCGGAUCGCAGGGAAUAGAAUGAUGAAGCUAUUGCUUAUGCCCUACCUUUUAUCGAUGGUAGCUUCAAGGACUCUGAAUCCUUUACCCAGCUCAACAAUGCCACCUGUUCCUAAUGAAGGUCGCAUGAGCAUAGAGAGCUUAAAUGCCCUGCAAGAGACAGACCAUGAUCCUGAAGUGAAACCAGGACUUUUUCAAGGAGACAUGGCAAUGACCAAUGAGAUGUAUGAAUACUGGCGUGUUGGCCUACGGUGGGAUGUAUUUCCUGAGAAGCUGUGGACAAAUGGAACUGUUCCAUAUUACAUCAGCCCACUUUACGAACCAGAUGAUUACAUCACAAUUUACAAAGCCAUAAAUAUUUUGAAUUUCAUGACCUGUGUCAAAUUUGUGCCUUGGAAUGGCAAACAAAAAGAUUAUCUGCUUAUAUGGCCAAUUAAAUACCCAAAAGGGUGCUGGUCAUUUGUAGGGAAACACGGUGGAGCACAAAUAAUUUCCCUUCAGCCACCAGACAGUAAGGGACCAAACUGUCUUGGCCAAGAAGGUCGCUCUAUUCAUGAGUUAUUACAUGCUCUUGGAUUGUUCCAUGAACAAUCUCGAGCAGAUCGUGAUCAGUUUGUUGAGAUUGUAAAAGAAAAUAUUAUACCGGAAUUUUUAAACAAUUUCAAUAAGCAGAGCCUGGAGAACACAACAUACAGUUUUGAAUAUGACUAUGACAGCAUCAUGCACUAUGGAGCAUAUUUCUUCAGUAAAGAAAAGGGAAAACCAACCAUUGUUGCAAAGAAUCGUGUUGUGAAGUUGGGUCAACGCAGAGCAAUGAGCAAGACUGACUGUCUGAAGAUCAAUGAUUUAUAUGGAUGUCUCACAAAAUCAGCAUAUCAUCGAAGGAAGUACUACACACUUUGUAAUUUCAUGGGAAGGAAUACAAUGAUGAAGCUAUUGCUUAUGCCCUACCUUUUAUCGAUGGUAGCUUCAAGGACUCUGAAUCCUUUACCCAGCUCAACAAUGCCACCUGUUCCUAAUGAAGGUCGCAUGAGCAUAGAGAGCUUAAAUGCCCUGCAAGAGACAGACCAUGAUCCUGAAGUGAAACCAGGACUUUUUCAAGGAGACAUGGCAAUGACCAAUGAGAUGUAUGAAUACUGGCGUGUUGGCCUACGGUGGGAUGUAUUUCCUGAGAAGCUGUGGACAAAUGGAACUGUUCCAUAUUACAUCAGCCCACUUUACGAACCAGAUGAUUACAUCACAAUUUACAAAGCCAUAAAUAUUUUGAAUUUCAUGACCUGUGUCAAAUUUGUGCCUUGGAAUGGCAAACAAAAAGAUUAUCUGCUUAUAUGGCCAAUUAAAUACCCAAAAGGGUGCUGGUCAUUUGUAGGGAAACACGGUGGAGCACAAAUAAUUUCCCUUCAGCCACCAGACAGUAAGGGACCAAACUGUCUUGGCCAAGAAGGUCGCUCUAUUCAUGAGUUAUUACAUGCUCUUGGAUUGUUCCAUGAACAAUCUCGAGCAGAUCGUGAUCAGUUUGUUGAGAUUGUAAAAGAAAAUAUUAUACCGGAAUUUUUAAACAAUUUCAAUAAGCAGAGCCUGGAGAACACAACAUACAGUUUUGAAUAUGACUAUGACAGCAUCAUGCACUAUGGAGCAUAUUUCUUCAGUAAAGAAAAGGGAAAACCAACCAUUGUUGCAAAGAAUCGUGUUGUGAAGUUGGGUCAACGCAGAGCAAUGAGCAAGACUGACUGUCUGAAGAUCAAUGAUUUAUAUGGAUGUCUCACAAAAUCAGCAUAUCAUCGAAGGAAGUACUACACACUUUGUAAUUUCAUGGGAAUAUGAAAAAAAUUGUGUUGUGUUUUUAUACCAUAGCAUGUUCAGAGUUGUUUCAUACUGAAAUGCACUUCACAGUUCCAGAUUUUUUUCGACUUGUUUUUGUGUGUGUGUGUGUGUGUGUGUGUGUGUGUGUGUGUGUGUGUGUGAGCGUGCACACGCCUACUGUAGCUGUCUUUUUGAAAAGUAAGAUGUGCCAAAUAAUUUAAUUAAAAUACCAGUAAGUGCCAACUGUAUUGUAUCACGAUACAUGCAAUGAAAUAAAA